AUGCCCAAGCCAGGGGAGUGCAAAGAUCAUGCUCGGCCAUCUCCGUGGCCAGAAGUGAGUUCACCCAAGCAAUUGACCUCGCAGCACCGUGGUACUCUGGAUCUCCUUGCAGGAGAAGCAGCUCGUGCACCCCGUACAGCUAUCAACCGCAAUGCUACAUCAGCCAGACGUCCUAGUUCCAAACACGAGAAUGAUGUCUUCGACGGAACCACCCCGGAGGUGUAUGAUUCAACAUCUAGAGACGGCCUAAGCGGAAUCAACUUACACACCAACGGCACGGAAUUCUAUGGCAACUCCUCGAAUCUCGCCUUUUUUGGAAAUCUAUAUGCGCGAGCUCGCAAUCAGGCAGAAGCCAGAACAUCGAACAUACCCGAGAAUAUGUCUUCUAAUCUUCCGGAAGAGGGCUGUCGUCUGGCGCCAGACCAGCCAUCGAGUAUGAAAUAUGUCUCACCUCAACAAGCACUUCACCCGACGGUGGACAAGGAACCGGCAAACGCAAAGCCUGCGACGAGGGCGGCCCAGCUGUCUAUAGUUAACCUACUUUACAAUCCAGGUUAUCCUAGUACCUCCCCACCUCAGAUCAACGGGCGGCCUGAGGAUGAUGGAAAUAGACGAUCCUCAGCCGUUGGGGACCAAAGAAUCCCGCCUCGAACUAUCGCUGGGAUGGACAAUGAAGAUGCAGUGGCGCUAGCUAUCGAUGAGCUCUCCGACGAGGCACAACUUGAAAUUGAGAAGAUCUUCAUCGGCAGCUACUUUUCAAACAAACAUUAUAUACACCCUAUGUUGUGUAAAAAUGCUUUCAUGCGAAGGUGCGAACAAGAAGCUUUCGUAGCUUCGAAACGAAGAGCAUUCUGCCGUCGGACAUCGAAGUUCAAAGGCUUAUAUUUCGCCGUGGUUGCCCUGGGUGCCAUCAAUGCCAGCCCUAAUGAGACUUCUCUUCUGGAUCAUUAUUCUAGUUGUUCGGCUGACGGACAAAAAUACAGUUUUGCAGGGAAGCCGUCAGCCUUGGAUUUUGCUGAUUUCUACUUUGGCAUUACAAAACAAGCCCUUGGGGAUAUAUUCGAGAGCUGCUCCCUAGAGAGUGCCCAGACUCUCUUGCUCCUAAGCAUAUUCUGUCAGAACGCUUUACGGCCUCACAGCUGCUUCAUGUAUAGCGGAAUGGCAGUUAGAACAGCAAUUGCAAUUGGAUUGGCAUCUGGAAUGUCCUCUCUGCCUCCAAGCAUACGCAAAGAAGGCCGACGCACCUGGUGGUGCAUAUACUCACAUGAAGUCGAAAUGUGCUGUUCCUCGGGGAGGCUGGAUAGCAUGAAGCAGCUUGACCAUUACCAGGUCACUGUACCUCCAUUAAGGAUCAUGUCAGAGGCGUCUCAUCUGCUCUACCAUUCACCGAAACGCCAUACGAGCGAGAUGUCGCAGAUUGCAAUGAGCCUUGAUAAUAAAUUAGAGGAGUGGAAAUCCAACCUACCCUCCUUUCUCAACGUAGACGUUGCCUCGCUCAACGAUUCAGAGUGGGCGUUCAAGCAGAAAUUAGUCUUACGACUGAGAUUCUACAAUACGCGGAUACUCAUACAUCGUCCCUUCCUGGCAGCAUCAACAUGUAUCACCGAAUCACCCAACCUACUCCAGCACGGCCAUAUCUGCCUAACAGCAGCAAGAGCCAGCAUCCAAAUGCAAUAUGAAUCAUUCCUACACAGAAUCUACAUACGAACCUGGUGGUACAACACAACCUACGCCCUCUACGGAGCCAUGAUCCUCCUCCACCUAAUCCUCUCCGGCUUCCCAGGUAUAAGCGAGGAAGAGCUGCUCAAGGACGUCGAGAAAAGCCUCGAAAUCUUCGACUCAAUGACCAACAUCGUCGUCGCUCGCCGCUGCUCCGAGAUGAUCCGUGAAGUCCUCGACGUAGCCCGCGCCUGUGUCGCAAGGCGUCGAGCAGUAUCCGCUGUACCUGUCUUACCCCCUCAUGCCGACACCAACAUCGACUCAUCGAGCCUAGAGGCAAAUGACGACCAGAGUGUCCAUACCCGGACGGAUAUGGCCCCGUUGGGGUCACAGGGCGAAGACGGGGAUUUCUUUUUCUCGCUCUUUAACCAAGACGCUCAGCCUGAUACCCGGGCUGAGAUUCUGGCUAAUCUAGUUGACCCGACGAUAUUGGAGGAUUUUGCGUUCGGAAAUGGGGGGAAUGAUUUUUCGUACUUUCUGGGGUUGUGA